GGGAUUUUCAACCAUGAUUUCAACACAACAGCAAUGAAACUUGUUGAUGUGUAUAGAUCUACAACUUGUGAAUAUCAUAAUAUAGUAGAUACUUUUAACUCUUAGAAUUAACUCAGAAUAAAUCUUAAUAGCUGAGUAAAGGAGACGUAGCAUUGCGUACAGGCUGUCUUUGCUUCAACAGCCAAGAAUCAGAUAGGACUAAGUCUGUGUUUCAGUUACAUGGAGAAAGUUGUGACUGUCCCUGCACUACAUAAGAUAUAGGAUUGUGGAAAUCAUUUCUAGGUGUAAAUGCUGCAGGAAACCUCACUAAUCUAGUCACUAAUGGUUCACAACUGCUGACUCAUGGCUAGAGACAGACAUUCUUGGCUGGUUGAGGAAAUUAAUUCUGUCCUAGCAGCUGACUUGAAUACCAACCUCUCAGGUUUAGGUAUUGGGUCAGAAUCAUCAGCUUACAACAUGAGUGAAGCCAUUUCAGCAUUGCAAUGUAUUAAAACUGAAGAUCUUCAGAUUGCUGUACAGAGCAAGGAGCCUGUAAAAAGCCCUCUGUCAGAAGAAAAGGAUACUCCAAGAAAGAACUUGGCUGAGAGUACAGUUCAGUGUGAGACAACUGUGACCGACUUUUCCAAAGCUUUAAAAAAGUUUUGUGUAUCCCCUGAUAAAAAAACUGAUAUUCAUGACCAGAUGAAUGAGAGAGCUUCUGAAAAAUCUCAAGCAGUCAGUGGAAUGAGCCAAUUUGAUUUAACAUAUGAGAGUGCCCCUUUAGUGCCUAAUAUCAUGUCUGCUGUUAGGCCAGGCCUAACUAUGAAAGAAUCUGGAGAGAAAAGAAUUAUUCAGUGUGUGCUGGGUGCUCCAACAGCUUUAGGAAUUAACAUAGGAGAGGAGACAUUGACCUAUCUCAACCAGGGUGAUUAUUGUCAAACUUUAGCCAGCAUUAAUCAUGUUAUAAGCAUACUGUCUGAAGAUAAACAAAAAUGCAAGAAAACUAUUUAAAGUACU